UCGUAAUUCAUGUAAUACUACUACUAAUAUUAGUAGUAAUAGUAAAGUAAUUAUAAUAAUAAAAUUAUUCUUUUUCUCGGUCCAAAAAAAAAAUUUCUCUCCUUCUGAGGUGGUGGUAACUCAGCAAGUUUGUGAUCAAUUGCUCCUUCAAAACCCUAGCCACCAUACGCCGCCUCUUGUUCGUACCGAAUAUGAAUCUCAUCUAUUCCGCUCAUGGAUCAUGACCGUCUUCGAAGUAUAAUUGUAGUCCAAGGACAUUUGAAAGCUUCAGCUGGCGUCAGGCUAGGCGAGGCAUAACUUCUUCUGAAUCAUCGAUGGGUGAAGACGGCCUGCGCAUUAGUGGACUUUCAGCUGGUCUGGCAGUUAUAUUGAACGGGGAGGACAGUAAAGAAAAUUUGCCAAAAACCCGGCUUCUAUCAUGUUGUGAUGAAUCAGGUCGCGAAUCUGUGGAGCGAACCCUUGAAUACGUGUUUGGCCUCCCCAAUAGAUCACUCAGUCCAUUGACUGGUCCAGUUGAUAGCAAUAUAAUUUGCUCUAUCAUUCGGAACAAUUUCUCUCGAUUUCAUGUAAAAUUGGGCGAUUCAUUUCGCGAAAGAGAUGGAAUUUGUAUUAUGGAGACUGGUUCUGGACGUGAGGUUGUUGGCCUAGAAGAAUAUAGUAUCUGUGGUGACAUAAGAAUCAUCAAGCCACCAUUACUUAUAGAGAGCUUGGCAAUGUUUAGUAGUGCUAGGGCUAAUGCUUGUGUUUGGAAAGGAAAAUGGAUGUAUGAAGUUUUGUUAGAAACUUCUGGCAUACAGCAGCUUGGUUGGGCCACUCUCUCUUGCCCUUUUACUGAACAUAAAGGUGUUGGUGAUGAUGAAGAUUCAUAUGCAUAUGAUGGUAGAAGAGUUAGGAAGUGGAAUAAGAAAGAUGAAACAUAUGGUCAGUCGUGGGUUGUUGGCGAUGUCAUAGGAUGUUGCAUAGAUCUUGAUCGUGAUGAAAUACUUUUCUUUAGGAAUGGUAGUUCACUAGGGGUGGCAUUUCAUGGAAUUCGAAAAAUGGGGCCUGGUUUUGGUUAUUACCCGGCAGUUUCUCUUUCUCAAGGUGAAAGAUGUGAGUUAAACUUUGGGGCCCGUCCCUUUAAGUAUCCAAUCAAAGGUUAUCUUCCUCUUCAAGCCCCUCCUUCAAAUUGCUAUUUUGUCACCCAUUUGCUGCAGUGUUGGUCAAGGCUUUUGAGCAUGCAUUCUAUGGAACGGAACGAGCAUUCAUUAGUUCAGAAAUUGAGAAGGAUGAAGAGGUUUGAUUCAUUAGAAGAGUUUUUUCAUCCUGUUUCCCAUGCUAUAUGUGAGGAGCUUUUCUCUGUACUUGAAGCAGAUGCUGGGAACACAGAAUAUAUGGUUUGGGGCCCACUACUGUCUUUCAUGUUUGAAGUUUUUGGAUUGCAUGCACCGCAUGAUUAUUCAAGCUUGGAUAAAGUUGUGGAUGCACUUUUAGAAUUGCGAGGAUCACAUGUGCUGUUUGAACACAUCAUAAAUGCCCUUUCAUUUGGUUGCAAAACUGCAUCAUUAGUUUUAACAGACUGCCCUUACUCUGGAUCAUAUUCUUACCUUGCUUUGCUCUGUCAUCUAUUAAGACGAGAAGAACUCAUGGUUCUUUGGUGGAAGUCAGCAGAUUUUGAAUUCUUGUAUGAAGGCUUUUUGUCUCAAAAGAGUCCAAACAAACAUGACCUUGAGUCUAUGAUGCCAACUGUUUGGUGGCCUGGUUCAUGCGAAGAUGCAUCUUACGAAGGUAAUAUGAUAUUGACAACCACAGCUUUGUCUGAAGCAAUCAGCAAGAUUGAGGAGAAACAUAGGGACCUCUGUCGCCUUGUGAUACAAUUCAUACCACCUACGUUGCCUCGCCAGUUACCUGGGGCAGUGUUUAGGGCAUUCUUACAUAGUCUUCUAUUGAAGAACAGGGGAGCAGAUCGAAAUGUCCCACCUCCUGGAGUUUCAAAUAAUUCUGUUCUUGUUUCAGUUUAUACAGUUGUGCUCCAUUUUCUAUCUGAAGGAUUUGGCUUGGGUGAGAUCUGUGUUUGGUUGAAGAGCUGCAAAUCUGAUGGCUCGGAUAUUGGUUUUCUUCAUAAAGGCGGUCAACAAAGUUUUCCUGUAGGACUAUUCCUAAAAAAUGAUCCACAUAAGACUGACAUUUCCAGGCUUGGGGGAUCUUAUACUCAUUUAUUUAAACUCCACCCUGCAAUUGAUCAUGAGACUGAAGUAGUUCGCUGGGAUGAAGGUUGCAUGGAUGAUGAAGAAUGCAGAGUAACUCAUACAUUGAGGCAGAAGCCCUGCUGCUGUUCAAGUUAUGAUGCUGAUUUCACUAGAAUCUCAAAGGAUCCAAUCAAAUACAUGGCCAAAGGUUCUCGUGGCCAUUGCAGCUCUAUUCCAGAAAGACCUGCUCAUGUCACUGCAGAAUGUAGUGACCGGAGUUUGGAUGAUGAGAUAACAGAUAAACCUAGCACUAGCGAUCAAUCUGAACCUGAGUAUAAUUAUCGCCAUGUGCAUCGUAUGAAGAGUGUACUGAAGGAGAGUGAUAUUUCUACAGCUAUGCUACUAGAAGAAGAACUACUUGAUGUGUUGCUGUGGUUAUAUCAUGUUGGUCUUACCACAAACUUUAAGCAGGCAUCAUACUACUUGAAUCAUCAGUCACAGUCAAUCUCCCUCCUUGAAGAAGCUGAUAAACAAAUUAGAGAUAGAGCUUGCAGUGAGCAAUUGAAGAAACUGAAAGAAGCACGUAAUGAAUAUCGGGAGGAGGUUAUGGAUUGUGUUAGACAUUGUGCUUGGUAUCGAAUCUCUCUAUUUUCUCGAUGGAAGCAGAGAGGAAUGUAUGCUAUGUGCAUGUGGGUUGUCCAGCUGCUGCUGGUUCUUAGCAAAAUGGAUUCGGUCUUUGUUUAUGUACCUGAAUAUUAUCUGGAAGCUCUGGUUGAUUGCUUUCACGCAUUGCGGAAAAGUGAUCCUCCAUUUGUUCCUUCAACAAUUUUCAUCAAGCAAGGACUUGCUUCAUUUGUCACCUUUGUUGUUACCCAUUUCAAUGAUCCAAGAAUAGCAAAUGCUGAUCUUAGGGAUCUUCUUCUUCAGUCUAUUUCCGUACUGGUUCAGUACAGGGAGUAUCUGGCUGCUUUUGAGAGCAAUGAAGCUGCUACCCAUAGGAUGCCAAAAGCAUUACUGUCAUCAUUUGACAACAGAUCAUGGAUCCCUGUGACCAACAUACUUCUGCGAUUGUGCAAAGGUUCUGGUUUCAGUUCUUCAAAGAAUGGGGAAUCAUCUUCAUCAUCAGUGCUUUUCCAGAGGUUGCUUAAAGAUGCUUGCAUUGAUGAUGAAGGAUUAUUCUCAGCUUUUCUAAACCGUCUAUUUAAUACACUUAGCUGGACCAUGACCGAAUUUUCAGUCUCUGUUAGGGAAAUGCAAGAAAAGUAUCAGGUAAUAGAAUUCCAGCAAAGGAAAUGUUGUGUUAUAUUUGAUCUUUCAUGCAAUCUUGCAAGGAUCUUGGAGUUCUAUACUCGUGAGAUUCCUCAAGCAUUCUUGUUAGGACCUGACACAAAUCUUCGAAGGUUGACUGAGUUGAUUGUAUUUAUCUUAAAUCACAUUACUUCUGCAGCAGACGCUGAAUUUUUUGACCUAUCUCUUAGGAGAUUGGGCCAGACUUCUGAGAAAGUAAAUCGAGGCAUGAUUUUGGCACCUCUCAUAGGGAUAAUCUUAAAUUUAUUGGAUGCAUCUAACAAGGCUGGAUGCCAGGAGAACAAUGAUCUUGUGGAUGUCUUUGCAAGCAUGGACUGUCCUGAUACUGUUCAUUAUGGAUUCCAGUAUCUUCUGGAUUAUAAUUGGGAUGGACUAUCUAGGGGAGGCACUUACGUUGGAAAAUAUGAGCAGCUAGAGAGUUUUCUGAGCCUCCUUACUUGCCGUACAGUAGCUCAUCAUGAGAAAAUGGAUGGUGUGGAGGAAACAGAUACUGAUGAUAGCAUGUGCUGCAUUUGUUAUGCAAGUGAAGCCGAUGCUCGGAUUGCACCUUGCUCGCAUCGGUCUUGCUAUGGCUGUAUAACCAGGCAUCUUUUAAACUGCCAGAGAUGUUUCUUCUGCAAUACAACUGUAACAGACGUUAUCCGACUUGGCUAGAACGCAGACUAAAAAUCCUUCACCUCAGGGUUGCUUGGCCUUUCUCGGGGAAGUUUAGCCCGCCAGCUACUGAUUAUUUGAUUGACAACGAACCCCAUAUUUGAAAAGUGACAUUGCACAUAGACGAAAUGAAACACCAGGGGAAAUGGAGGUUUAGUGUAGUGGGGAAAAAUUUUAUACAGGACAAUGAAACGCUGACAUGAUUAUUGACGUUGUACGUUAGUUUUUGGGGGUAAACACAGGCCAGGAACGAAGUAGCCAUUGGUGAACUGAGAAUUUUGCAGGUUAAGUUAGAGGUUAUAAUUAUUCUGUAAAUAUGCGAUAUGUAAAUGGCAAAGAAAGUCUUCAGGUCUCUAUUCUGUUAGCUUUCUCUUUCUGAUCUUCGUAUUUCAAAAUUAGCAAUGUACAGCUGAAGUGUUCUAUAACAAGGGGAAAAAUGUAUAGCAGAACUCGACGUUUUUUUUUUUUUUGGGAGCCCCAGCCGGAAAACUCAACAGUUCAAUGCUUGUAGUUGAAGUCAAAGAGGAUAUCAUUUAUUGAAAUUUCACCCUCUCUCUAUCA